CACAAAAAGUUCGAAAGCGCUUGAAAAAAAGAAAAGCGCCAUGACCUAAAAAAAGAACUCAAUCAAUUUCUCUCCCUCAAGGAAAUGGCGCUUUUACACAUUUCAUUUACAUUUCUAUAUUCAGUCUAAUCUGUCUCUCCUUUUCUCGCAAGCUCCUCCCCUCUUCUCUCCUCCUACCCACUGAGAAUCCAUGUCGGAGAAUACGAGGAUGACGAGGGCGGCGACGAAACGAAAAGCCUCCACAGCGUUUGCGACGGCGGACGAAAACCCAGUUGGCAAGAAGAGAGUUGUUCUCGGAGAGCUUACCAAUGUCGUUGCACCCAAUCAGGAAAGAGAGAUCCACAAGCCUAAAUCAACUCUCACCCCCGCGAAGAAGCAGACGAAGAAUGCUCCGAUACCUCCUCCUCCUGGAUCCGUCGAUCCUCAGAUGUGUGGACCUUACGUCGCCGACAUCUGUGCGUAUCUCCGCGAAAUGGAGGGGAGGCUGAAACAAAGACCUCUACAUGAUUAUAUUGAGAAGGUUCAGAAUGAUAUAACGCCUAGCAUGAGAGGGGUUUUGGUGGACUGGUUAGUGGAGGUUGCUGAGGAAUACAAACUUGUCUCCGACACACUCUAUCUCACUGUCUCCUAUGUCGAUAGAUUCUUGUCUGCAAAGCCUAUUCACAGGCAGAGGCUUCAGCUUGUGGGAGUUUCUGCUAUGCUUAUUGCCUCUAGGAAAUACGAAGAGAUAAGUCCUCCUAAAGUGGAAGACUUUGUGUACAUCACUGAUAAUACGUUUACAAGACAAGAUGUGGUGUCCAUGGAGGCUGAUAUACUUCUUGCUCUACAGUUUGAGUUAGGAUGUCCAACCAUUAAAACGUUCCUAAGACGGUUCACAAGGGUUGCUCAAGAGGAUUUCAAUGAGUCACUAUUGCAGCUAGAGUUCCUCUGUUGCUAUCUCUCAGAACUUAGUCUGUUGGAUUAUAGCUGCGUGAAGUUCUUGCCGUCUCUUUUGGCUGCUUCUGCUGUCUUUCUUGCCCGGUUCAUCAUCCGUCCAAAACAACACCCUUGGAGUCAAAUGUUAGAAGAGUACACAAAGUACAAAGCGUCUGAUCUGCAACAAUGUGUGGGUAUCAUUCAUGACUUGUAUCUAAGCAGAAGAGGGAACGUUCUUGAAGCUGUUAGAAAUAAAUACAAGCAACAUAAGUUCAAGUGUGUUGCAACCAUGCCUGUUUCACCUGAACUGCCUCUUGCUUUCUUUGAGGAUGUUACCAUCAGAGACAAGGCGUAAAGAAGCUUGAAGCCUUGUGUUGGAAGUUGUUAGUGCCUGGAUUUGGGUUUGUAUAUAACUGCCAUUAGAGUCGCAGUUUAGUAUUUUUUUUUUUGCUAAAAGUAGUUAAGAAAUUUCUUUUUGGUUGGCCAUUUAUUUCAAUGGCUGACUAUG